UUAUUUUCCUAUUUAUUUUUGAUGUAUGGUUGUUUCCAGUUUCUUGUUUUUAAUAUUGAGUGAAGGGAUUUUUCCUAUGUUUUCGAAUUUAAUCGUUUGCGAUUGACUUGCAAAUGUGUUGAUGCUGCUAAUGUUUAAGAUAUAUAUUUUUUUUGGUCACUUUCUUAUAAGUAGGAAUUUUAAUUACUUGCAGGGUGGUUGUUUAUUGUCUAAGGGACCUAACUAUUUUUUUCCACCGUUUCUUGCUGUAGGAUUGUCAUUUUCCUUCCCAUGGAAGUAAGUAAAAAUGAAAAGGAAAAAAUGUGCCGUAAGGAAGUUUCCUUGUAAUAUGAAAUUUCACUAAAAGUCGUAGAGGUUUACUGAAUAUUACAUAUGGACAUGAAGUUCACAAAUGAAAGAUGGUUGGAAAGAGAGUGAUGAUAUUGGUUAAUUGAUUCGAGACUUCUAAAUUUUGUCCCAGAACAGGAGGUAAGGUAGAUAAACUCAAUAACUGGCUAAAUGAGAGGGUGGUUAAGUGAGAAAUGUGAUGGAAUGAUGAUGUGGUUUUGGUCACGGUGGUAAAACGUUCAGAAAUAAUUUUAGGCUGUCUAGUACAUUGCAUUAAGCUUGGGCUCUUACUCAAUUUUUAUCUUGAAUUUUCUAGGUAUGCCAAGUAUUCUUACUAUUACUACACACAAUUGUCAAUUACCAACCUACAUAACCUGGGAUCUAGUUAUGCUCAGUGUGUAUAAUCAUACAAGAAGCAACAUCAAGUGCAUCCAAGUAAAAAACUAUAUUUCCAGUUGCAGUUUAUAUAAUUAACUUUGGUGGGAUGAGAUCAAAUUAUUGAUAUUUGGAAAGAAGAUGUCCAAACAAUUUUAUAUUAUUGCCAUACAGCUCAUCUAUGAGAAGGCAAAAGUCUGAAUUGCUAAACCCUUUUUAUGAAAUAGCUGUGUCCGUCAACAUUCCUGCAUGACAUGUUCUAUAUAGCAGUAUAUUUGUGUUUAUGAGCACCUCUCGAUGGCAGGUGUUCUUUCAGAACUUGGAAACUUUGACCUUCUUCAAACUAGAGGUCGUUAAGCCCCCGUUAAAAUUAUAAUCCACUUUUCUCUCUCUUCUUGUCAACCACACAUUCCCUAAUACAAUAACACGUAAACCGAUUUUUUUCUUUUUUAACCACAUAUUCUUCAAAAAUAAAUUAUUGCAAAAAUUAUAAUGUCAAAUAAUGGGGGCCAAAUGAGGGACUAAUUUCAUUGGGAGCAACUGAAAUAUUAUUUAUCUGCAAGAAGCUUGACAUGGUAUUACUAGUGGACUAUAGGUCUUUAAUUUGGUCUCUGAUCUGAAUCUAAGGUAUUUUUGAUGGAAAUCCUAUUAGAUUUAUAUGACUACUUUCCAUGUUUAGAUUCUUAUUUUAGUAAAAGUUAUUAGCGUUUACUUACUAGAUUUUCUUUGAUUUUAUUUAUGUUUUCUACAUAGAAUAUAAAUAUUUAUUAGAUUUACUAGGAUUUUCUUUGAUGUUCCCUAUAUAUAAAUGUGGUUUAUGCAUUGUAAUAUUUAGACUUUGAUUAUGAAAUAAAUUAAUAGUUUCUCCCAAUUGCUUCUCCCUUUUCUACUCUUUCCCCUCUCUCUUCUCUUCNUCUCUUCUCUUCACUUUCUCUUUCUUUCUCAAUCUCGUUCCUUGUUCAUUGAGUCCUAUCACCUAUGUCAUAUUUGUUGCUUCAUUUCAUGGUAAAUUAGAAUUGAUGUUUGAAUCGUUUAGAGGUGUACUUGCCAUCAUGUGCAUGAUCACCAACUUUUCUGUGAGAUUACUCAUUCCUCUUCCUUUUAGUAAUCAUAAACCUGUCAUGUUUAGCAUUUGUUCCGUCUUUAUUUGUGUUUUUAAUUUAAGAAUUCAUCUUUAUUCCAAGGCUGACUAAUUUUUAAUCAAUUGCGUUAUGGAUGCCUAAUAAACUCUUUCUCUGUCAAUAGAGGAGAGAAACAUUUAUAGAUUUUGGUCUAAUACUGUGGCAUUCCCCUGGUACAAUGGCUAUACUACUGCAGGAAGUAAUAGGUGUCUACCCCUUUUUAUCACCACCUACUCUAACGUCAGCACAAUCAAACAGAGCUUGCAAUGCACUUGCACUUCUCCAGUGUGUGGCUUCCCAUCGGGACACGAGAAGGUUGUUUGUCCAGGCACACUUUCCAUCGUAUUUGUACUGCUUUCUUACCACAGAUUGCAAAUCAAGGCCAUUUGAGUACCUGAGGCUUACUUGCCUGGGUGUCCUUGGUGCUCUAGUGAAGGGGGAUGACACUGCAGUUAUCCAUUUCCUUCUCGCUACAGAAAUUAUGCCCCUGUGUCUACGCACUAUGGAGAACGGCAAUGAGUUGUCAAAAAUGGUUGCAGCUUAUAUUCUGCUAAAGAUAUUGCAGGAUGGAGAGGGCUUAAACUAUGUAUGUAUUGCAGCAGAUCGAUUCUAUGCUGUAGGUCGAGUACUGAGGAAUUUGGUUGUUGGACUGGCUGCACACCCUUCACCUUGGUUAUUAAAACACAUUAUUAAGUGCUAUAUCCGGAUAUCUGAGGACGUAAGGGGUCGCAUUGCUCUAAGAGAUUCUCUUCCAGAAAUUCUCAUGGAUGGCACAUUUAAUAAUCUCCUUAAUGAAGAUCCAAUGAUGAAAAGGUGUCUGCAACAUUUGCUUCUCAAUGUUCAUGGGUCUCUGGUUGGCCUUCAAGUUACAGGUACUAUCCUCAAUAUAUUGACGUUGAUGUGUUCCAUCCUAGUGUAGUUACGAUUGCUGAGAGACGAGAAAUUGUGUGCUUUACACUUUUGGUUGUGAAAGCUGGCUAUUUCUUUUCAUAUUGGCAAUACUUGUCAGCACUGUGGGAGCCAGCUUCUGAAGUUGGGGGUUU